CAGACUCAUCACUCGUCCCCCAAUUCGUCACCAUCUGGUGACGAGUUGGGGGCUGAGAUGGUGGAGGGCCGGAAGGGCUUGUGUUUUAUAAAAGCCAAAACCAGAGCCUCACAGAGAGAUCAUCAAUUAGAGGAGCAGUGAACAUACACACUACGGCUUCUGUGUGUAUGACUUGACUCAGUGCUCUAAUAAUAAUUCCUAAGGCAAGCAGUGAGAUUGUUAUCUGUGACGUAUCUAGACUGUACAGGUUUGUGUUCAGAUAUUCUACACUCAAGCAACUGUUGACUGACGAACCCAAGGUGUCAUUUUGAAGAUGGGUUUCGGCGUGGUGCUAGCCACUCUUCUCUGCAUCGCCACAUGGAUGACUUCUGUCCACACAACCCAUGGUCCGAUGAGAAACUGCUGUGUUGUGACGUCCACAACCAAAGUCCCACUUAUACGAAUUAUGAGUUACACCAUUCAGCAGGAAGGUGUCUGUCCCAUCUCGGCCAUAGUGUUUCGGACAAUCCUUGGAAAGAACAUUUGCUCUGACCCCAAAACUGUCUGGGCAAAAAGAGCCAUGGAUAAAGUGGAUAAAGAGAUGAAAGCUUUGCUAAGGAAGGGACAGAAUGAAGAAGGAUCAACAAGUGACACCAUGACACCAGCUGUUUCCAUGGCAUCAACGGAAGCAGGGAAGGGACAGAAUGAAGAAGGAUCAACAAGUGACACCAUGACACCAGCUGUUUCCAUGGCAUCAACGGAAGCAGGGAAGGGACAGAAUAAAGAAGGAUCAACAAGUGGCACCGUGACACCAGCUGUUUCCAGUCCAUCAACGAAAGCACCGCAAACAACAGGCAGGAAUAGAAUGAGACAGCAGAGGAAAAGAAGAAGGAACGGGAUGAGGAAAGGGAACAGGAGAGGGAGGAAGGGCCAGAGAAAAUGCCAGAAUCCCUGAAGAAUCACAAGAUGAAUCAAAAUGUCCACAGUCAGCUAAUCUUAUUCUUUCACAUUGGACUCAACCUGCUGUAGUAAACAUUAUUAUAUACCUUAAUAUACCUUAUCCAAAAACCAGACCUUUAUAUAUUGUUGUGUUGAUUACAAACAUACCUUAUACUGUAUAUUUAAAUAUAUGUCAAAAAUGUAUAUGUAUAUCAAAGAGCUUUUAUUUUGACCCUUUCUUCUGUCAUUUGCCAAUAAAGGCUUUUUUUA